AAGAUGUUUGAACACUUUAAUUCAGUAUCGGCAAAGAAAAAAUCGGUCAUAUUAAAAUGCUAUUAGUUCACACCUGACUGGUUUCCAUGUAGUGAUGAUUACACUUUUCCAAUAUCUAUUUUUGAAAAUAAAUUGUGGAUUUUCAGUCAUUAAACUAUAGUUCGUGUACACGAAUUGGAUAAAGUUGGAUAAAGGUUUUAUUUAUUUGGAAAUAUGGCAGCUCCACCACCACCUUAUAACAAUCCAGGUAAUCAACCAGGAUAUGGUCAACCAGGGGGUCAACCAGGGGGUCAACCAGGAUAUGGUCAACCAGAUGGUCAACCAGGUGGUCAACCAGGAUAUGGUCAACUCCCACCUCCGGCACCAUAUCAACCAGGUAAUCCUGGAUAUGGACAACCAACAACAGUUAUCGUAACACAACCGAUGAUGUCACAACCGAUGAGAGAGACGCCAGUUGGUAUGACCUGUCCAAAUUGUCAGAAACAGAUAAUAACCAGCACAACUUAUCAAACUGGUACAUUAACGUGGGUCGCCUGUCUAGUUCUAUGUCUUGUUGGAUGUGAUGUCGGAUGUUGUUUUAUUCCAUUCUGCAUCAGUUCGUGUAAGGAUACAGUACACAGUUGUCCAAACUGUAGAACCACUCUAGGGAAGCACAACCGGAUGUAAAAUCAUUGGGAUAUGCUGCGUUAUUUAUUUUUUAUUUGGUUUUUUUUUUAAAUGUUAAAGAUAUGAUUAAGACUGUGAUAAUUUGGCAGAU